AUGGUUGAUCUGUCCAACAACAGAUUCGAAGGUCCUCUUCCAAUUCCACCACCCACCACUCGAUUAUAUUUUAGUGCAAACAACAAGAUUAGUGGAAAGGUUUCCCCUUUGAUAUGCAAUGCCACUGAGCUCAGAGUCCUCGACUUGUCCAAUAAUAGUUUGAUGGGCACCUUGCCAGAGUGCUUGAUGAGCUUUAGCAAAAAUCUCUCGGUCCUCAACCUCCGCAUGAACAUGCUUUAUGGUGUGAUCCCUAGAAAAUUUGCUGAGGAUAACAAACUAAGGACCAUCGACCUCAGUCGGAAUCGAUUUGAAGGGACAUUGCCACGGUCCUUAUUACAUUGUGAAAAUUUGGAAGUUUUGGAUCUCGGCAACAAUAGAAUGAAGGAUACAUUCCCUGAUUGGUUAGGAACCCUUCCCAAGCUACAAGUUCUUGUUUUGAGGUCCAACAUGUUCCAUGGCUUCGUGAGUAGUCCUAGAGAAGCUUGCUCAUUUUCUGAAUUGCGCAUCUUCGAUCUAUCCAACAACAAUCUGAGUGGUCCUUUACCCGUUAGUUAUAUUAUGAAGCUUACUGCCAUGAUGUAUCAAGAUAAAAGACAAGGCAAGCCACAGUAUAUAGGAGAUGGUAAUUAUCAAGAUUCAGUCAUGGUGACCAUGAAAGGAUUGGAGAUACGGUUGGUGAAAAUUCUAACUGUUUUCACGAGUAUCGACUUAUCGAGCAACCAUUUUGGUGGGGAGCUUCCCGUGUAUAUUGGAAACCUAAAGUUGCUCAAAGGGCUAAACUUUUCCCACAACAAUCUCACGGGCUAUAUCCCUCUGUCUACUGGUAAUUUGACUGAACUCGAAUGGCUAAACCUCUCUUCAAACAAGUUCAUUGGAAGCAUUCCUCAAGAACUAGCGGAUUUGACGUGUCUUGCAUUCUUGAACCUCUUAGAGAAUCAGCUCAUCGGACCUAUUCCUCGAGGAAGGCAAUUCAACACAUUCAAGAGCGACUCGUUUGCCAUGAAUCCUAGACUAUGCGGAUUUCCAUUGUCGGAGACAUGCACAAACAAUCCACGAGAAAUUCCACAUGUAACCAUUCUUCGAGAAAAUGAUACAGGGCAUGUAGGCUGGUUUGAGUGGAGAGCCAUAUUGAUGGGUUAUGGGUGUGGAACCGUAGGUGGAGUCUCUCUAGCAUACGUUGUUCUCGGAUCUAGAAAAUUUGAAUGGCUCACGGGGUUGCUUGAAAGGAAAGGAGCUAAUAUGAGAAAGAAGUGGAGGAGGAAUGCUUGUAGAUCUUAUCAAAGAUGA